UGCCUAUGGCAAACUUAAUGUCAAAAAAAUAGCUAGGGUUAUUUAUUCAUUUUCCGGUGAAAAUAAAUCAAUAAAUAGAAAAUGAGUAAUAUGUUUAAACUAAAAUUAACAGCUUUAGGACACCCUAACCCGGAUAGCUUCAAUUGUGAUGAUGAAAAAGAGUAUAGAAGUGUAAUACUUUGGCUGGAAGACCAGAAGAUUCGGCACUCUAAGAUAGAAGAUCGAGAGGGCCUGAGGAAUAUAGAGUCUGAUAGUUGGAAAGAAGCAUACGACGCGUACCAGAAAGAUCUAGUGAGCCCGGCUUCCGAAGGUACCCCCGCCGAACAACUCAAUUGGCUGCUGUCCUAUGCGGUGAGACUAGAGUACGCCGAUAAUGCUGCUAAGUACAAGAAUGCAAAAGUUGACCAGCCGAAACAAGCUGCCCCCAACGUUGUGUCUACAAACCCACUGGAUAACUUGGACUUUUCAAGUCCGGCUUUCAAGGCAGGAGUUGAAAGAGUGUCCACUAUUGCUGGUAUUGGACCCCAUCAAGACCCAAAAUUCCGGCUGGCUGCAUUAGCCAAGGUCUUGAAGACAUCUCCACAUCCUGAAGUGCAAUCUAGAGAGCAGGGAUUCAUAGUCAGACAGCCUAGUGACGUUCUCAAGUUACUCUUUGUGCAAGACCUGCGUGCCUUGCAGACAAAGAUCAAUGAGGCACUAGUCACGGUCCAAACGGUCACAGCAGAUCCACGAACUGACACAAAGCUGGGCCGUGUCGGAAGAUAAUUGAUCUGUAUUAUUUGUGUAUAAGAAGUGACUACCUCUAAUUUGUAGUGUUUUUAAUGAUAUCACUUUACUUCCAGCUGUAAUAACUUUGUUAUUAGGUCAACCUACAGUGCGUCAACAGUACAUGAUGAAGUUCAUAACCUCAACAUCUAAGUUCUUGUAAAAGUUAAUUACACUAUACAUUUGAUGUGGUCUCAGCAGCAGACAUCAUUUUAAUUUAAGAUCCUAAUGAACUGAUUUGCCGAUAUUUAUAAAC